UUUGCCAACUUCACGCAGCUACGGUGGUUGAUAGACGUCCACAUCUGCUUUUAAUUUUACUACAUCGACAAUUUGUUCUAUUUCCUCCAGUUUACUCAACAGGAUUUCUACGAGUGCGAAGAUAAUCUGCUUUCAAUAUGUCAAAUAAAGUUGCACUUGUCACUGGUUCCAAUAAAGGCAUUGGCUUUGCAGUGGUGCACGCACUGUGUAAGAACUUUGCUGGCGACGUGUUCCUCAGUGCUCGGGAUGUGGGCCGGGGUACCGCGGCAGUAGAGAGCCUGAAAACUGAAGGGUUAAACCCGCUCUUCCAUCGGCUCGAUAUCAACGAUCCGGCGAGCGUCCGCUGUGCCCGAGAUUUCUUCAAGGAGAAAUACGGCGGCCUUGAUGUACUCAUUAACAACGCCGCUAUUGCGUUCAAAGUCGCUGAUUCCACACCUUUUGGAAUCCAAGCUGAGGUCACUCUCAGAACAAACUUCUUUGCCACCAGAGAUAUGUGCAAUGAGUUCCUCCCCAUCAUAAAACCAGGAGGGAGGGUAGUUAAUGUUUCGAGUGUAAUGAGCUCCUUCGCCCUGAAGAACUGCAGCUCAGAACUCCAGGCAAGGUUCCGCAGCGAUGACAUCACAGAGGAAGAGCUGGUGAUGCUGAUGGAGAAGUUUGUGCAGGAGGCCCAGAAAGGUGAACACACCCAGAAGGGCUGGCCCAACACGGCAUAUGGAGUGUCCAAACUUGGCCUCACGGUGCUGUCCAGGAUCGAGGCCCGCAGGCUGAGAAAGGAAAGGCCCAGGGACCAGAUCCUCCUUAACGCCUGCUGCCCAGGCUGGGUCAGAACCGACAUGGCAGGUCCCAACGCCACCAAAUCCCCAGAUGAGGGCGCCGUCACUCCUGUCUACCUGGCCUUGCUGCCACCUGGGGUCUCAGAGCCACAUGGACAGUUUGUGUCUGAGAAGCAGGUGCAGGUGUGGUGAGCAUGAGCCACACAAAGAGCAUCAGCUAGCCUGUGAACACAGCGCUUAGGAGUCAUUUCUGUCAUCUUUUGACUGUCCGUUGGACAUUUUGAUUGGCAAAACUGAGAUGGUACACAAAUAUAUAAAAAUAAGAAUUUAUUUAUCGUAUGUGUGUUUGAUAAUAACACUAUAAAUACAACAUAUUUGUUGUCCUGUUAUCCCUUUUUUAGAUAUUAAAAACAUUUUUAAGAUUCACAAAUCAAGUAAAAUCACAUGAUCCCAGACUAAUAUGCUAAAGUUACUUUAAAAAAAUACACCACAAGUUUAACCUGUCCUCUUGCAUAUACAUUUUUUUUUUUCUUAAUUUCUCUGAAAAAAGUGUUGAACCAAUUAAAAAUUAUUCAAAAUUAUUCAAGUCAUCACAUUCAAACAAUUUCAGCCAAGACAAAUUUAAUUUGGACCAUAUGAAAAUUGGUUAGGAAGAGGGACCCCAUUAACGCAUUUUAAUCAUUAACUACAUUAAUACAAUUGAAUAUCUAAUACAGUGGGACAAAGAUUUUUUUCUUGAUUUGGCACUACUCCACAACUUGAUUUGUAAUCAAACUUUAUAUGUAGUUAAAUAUCUUCUAAAAUAAUUAUCUAUUUUAUUACAAGGGCAUUCUUACGUAUUUUGGUUUCACUGUGUAGAAAUCACUUUGCCCUGAAAUGUGGAAUCUAUGUAUAAUAAGCAAUCUUAAUUACAAAUCUAAAUUUGAGGAGCACAAAGCCAAAUCAAGAAAAUAUCUGUUUGUCCCAAACAUUAUGGAGCUCAAUGACUGUGACUAUUUGUUCAUGCUUGUUACAGGCAAAACAAAAAAAGAAAAAAAGAUUAAAAAUGACCGGUAGAGGCUUCAUUUACAAAUCAAUGAGCUAGAAAAAGUUAUGAUGAAACGAGAAAUGUGAGAAGAAAUUUCAUACUACUGAAAUGUACUAAUUACUCAGAUCACAUGCAACAUACCUUCAGCUCAUAUUAAUCUAAACUAAAGAUGAAAUAAUUAUAACUAAAGAUGAGAUAAUUAUACUACCACUUACAUUACAACAUCACACUAAUUCAAAAUGACAAUAUUCUGUAUUUGUAAAGAACGUAUCUAAACACUAAUUUUAUGUCUUCGUUGUUUAUGAAAUGUUAAAUAAGAAAACAAUAGAUUUUUUUCAUGGAAAUAUAAAAAAGCCCGGAAACAUUUUAUUGUUCUACAUAUACCAUGAUUGUAAAACAAACAAUCUUUUCAUCAAAUAACAUCUGAUUAUAUACUAGAAAAUGCUAUUUAAAAAAAAUCCCAUUAGUACAAUAUUAUACAUUUUUAUGGAUACCCAUAUUUCCAGAACAGGGUUAACAUUUAUCUGGUUUGAGUAUAAUAGCAUGAAAUGGCAAAACAUGUUUUUAUGAAAGGUUAUUAUGUCGCAUAUUUAAUUUAAUGCCAAAAAUAUUUUUGAUUUUGAUUGAUUAAAUUUUUAUGAAUUAAAUCAAUCAAUCAUACUUAAAAGUGUCCUCAAAUGCUGAAAUGACCAUUAAACAGUAUGGAUGUAUGUAAUCAUGAUGCUUUUGGCUUCCAUCACCAGUUCCCUUCUUGGUCAGUCACUAUAGGGAUGGCAUAUGCAAGGUCAGGUAGUAAGAUGUAGCUUUAAUUAGCUUUAAGGUAACAGUGCUCACUGGGAUAUCCAUACAUUUUAAUAUUUCUUUCUAGCCUUCUCCAAACCAUUGCCUUUAAGCUGUGCCUUUAUUUAAUUUGAAACAUUUAUUCAUGUAAUUUGUUUGCACAUUAUUAUUAUGUUAUAUUUAUGACAAAUAACCUAUUUCUUCCGAAAGUAAAAUGUGAAAACUGUCCAUAGGUCUGAAUACUUUUUCUUGAGCUUUCUGCCUCGAGGGAAAAAUAAGAUGAAUAAAUUUGACCAUGUCCUGUA